GAAUAGAAAGCAAAUAAAGUUAAUCCAAAUAGUAGGUUAAAACAGUUUGGAACAGUGGCUAGUGCCCAUAUCUGCCCCUUUAGGAUCAAAUAUAUAGGAGCAAUUAAUGUGAGAAUAAAAUUAAUCAAGGAAAUGUAAAUGUGUAGCAGACUGUAAAUAACGGUUAUAUUAUAUUAAUAUAUACUCAUAUGUAUUUCUUAAAAAAGAACGACAUGUUCGCGCUGGUGGCGAUAGCGAUAUUACUAAUAACAUUGCAAACAGUCGAUGGGUACAGCGAUACACGGACUUAUUAUGUGGUGUCACAGAUCCAAGCUCGCCUGGCAAAGACAACAAUUGAAAGUGAGAUAAAGAACACUGGUGAGCAGGAAAACGAGAUACGUUUUACUGUACAAAUUCCAGAAGAAGCUAUCAUCACCAACUACACUAUUCUGAACGGCGGGACUUUAACUGUUCCCAGCGUCCUGUCCAGAGCAGCUGCAGAGGCUUUGUACAACAGCUCGGCUUCAAGCGUUCAAGCGACAACAUCUGUAAGCCAAACAGCAGAAACGGGGAACCAGCUUUUCUCACUCGCUGUAGUUGUCGCAAACGAAAGUUCAGCCACAUUUACCUUGUCUUACCAGCAACAGUUAAGAUACACUGAUAGGAGCUACAGUGUUGACUACAGCAUUCGACCUGACGAUCCAGUUGAAGAUCUAACCAUUGAUGUUUAUGUGUACGAACCAGAGGGGAUCACAAGCAUCAAUGCAACAGCGCCAGCGUUGAAGUAUUCUACCAAUAAUAGGCUAACCACCACAACCAUCGAGUGCGAAAACGUAACACAUCUCCAUUACAACUCAAGUGGUUCAAAUCAAGGAAAUAACGGGUAUGAAGGAGACUUUGGAGUAUCAUAUGAAAUCAACCAUGAAAAGGCCCCGGGAGGUGUGAUUUUUGCACAAGAUGGCUACUUCGUUCAUCUAUACUCGAGUAUACAAAACCUUGGAGCUAUAAACAAAAAUGUCCUCUUUAUCCUUGACAUCAGCGCAUCCAUGGCCUCUUCAUACAACGGCGUGAGUAGAAUGCAAAACGCCCGUGAAGCGAUGAUUGCCAUUUUAGACGUGCUUCGGGAAGGCGAUAACUUUGACAUCAUUUUGUUUGACCACUUGAUUGAGCAUUGGCAGGGCCAGUUGGUACAAGUGAACACCAGCAACAUUCAAGCGGGCAAAGAUUACAUUAAUACAACCGCACAUGCCCGGGGAAAUACAAACAUUAACGAUGCACUUAUCACAGGCAUUGAUAUUAUGAACGCUAUCAACGGAACGGAGGCCGAUAAGGUUCCAAUCAUUGUAUUCAUAACUGACGGCAAUCCAUCAUCUGGAGAAAAAAAUAAAGAUACCAUAAGAAGCAAUGUGCGCACAAAAGCUGCUGGUGGUCUUUCUAUUUACUCGAUUGCGAUUGGUUCAGGAAUUGACAGCGAAUUCUUGGAUGCCUUAUCCUUAGAGAACAAGGGAACUGCCCUGGUGAUAUCAAGUGGCGCUGACAUAAGUUCUCAACUUCAGAGCUUCUUCGACACUAUCAAUUCCCCACUCUUGUCUAACAUCCAGUUCAACUAUACUCUCGAUGUGAAUGAAACUACAAAUAAAGCUUUCGCGAUUCAGUUUGAAGACACGGAAAUGGUGGUUGCAGGUAAAUACACCAAUGAACCGAUCUCCGCAAGCGUGAAUGGAUUUGAUGGAUCCAGUACAAUAGAACGCGCAGCAAUUGAAAUCACAAGUAAUUCAACAGCUAAUUGUGCUGACCUACCAGCUACCGUUACAUUCCCGAUCUCGAAUCUGCCCGAGACACUCUGGUCUCAGAUGGAAGUCCUUCAGUUGCUAAAUGAGGCGCUGAUAGAAACAAACGCGACACAGAAAGCAAUCUUAGAGGAAAGAGCGUUGACUGUUGCUCUGAAGUAUAACAUGGUGACAGCCGUAACAUCAGCCAUCGUGACUGAUAAUCCGGGGAUGCCUAACUACGAGUUUGAUGGUGGAACUAUCCGAACAACAGUCGCCCCCACGUCUCAGGCAACCAACGGAGGUGACACAAACGAAACUGUGGCGGGGAUAACAACAACUUUUCCAAACUGGGGAAUUCGAAAUUCAGCGUCAUCAAUUUCAACAGAAAAGUUACUUUUUAUAGUUUCACUGUUCUUGAUGAGAGUCUACAUUUUGUUGUUGUAAAAAUUGAUUGAAAUCAUGCUUGAAAAAGUCAGAAACAUGUUGACACAUCGCCAUGACAUUGUUGGAUAUUGAAAUAUAUAUAAUAUAUAUAUAAUCGCAAAGCCUAAAAUAAAGCCACGGGCGCCAAUGACCGUUCCCAAACAUGUCAAUAAGGACUUGACAUUUGGAAAUAUCCAGCACGGCUACGUGUGUGUUGGGAUGACGUCACCAUGACAUGCAGUCUAGUAUGAUAAGGGGUUGUUCAUGGACAUCAACUGUACUUUUAUCGUGUACAAAUACACAAACACAGUGUGCAACCGUACCUCUAUCAUCACACCGGAAUAGCCUGACUACGGCAAAGUCAGAUACUGCUGUCACAAAUGGCGGACAUAACCGUCGCUUCAACUGUUUAAUCACUUGGUCCUUAUUUCAUGGGAUUUUAUCGUCGCUAAUUCUGUGUAUGCAUUAAGUUCUUGUGAUAAUGUAUCAUGUGAAAUCCCAUUUUCGAUCAAAUUGGGUCGUGAAUCGCUACAAUAUAGCGUCUUCGAUAUCGUCAAUGACAACGGAAUCUGAAUUUGAGUAAUUUAGAAAGACAACGGCAUAUGGUAAUUACAGUGUCCGUUGUCCCCUAUCUCAUUUUGAUCGGUUAUAUUAACGAUUUUAUUUCGAUGGUAAAACAUUAUUAACUGUACAAUGAGUAUUUAAGACACUUGGAUUGAUCGUUGUUCCAAAGGAAUUUAGUCUUUUUAGUCGCUCUAUUAAACCUACAGUUCAUGAAAAUCUCAUUGAAGCGACGGUUAUUCCCGCAAUUUGUGGCAACGGCAUCUAACUUUACCGUUAUCAGGCUAUUCCGGGGUGAUCAUGAGAUACUCAAGAUUAUAAAACACGGUGUAAACCUACACAAUGUACCAUUAUUACAUUAAUUUGGCAUGCCAUCGUCAUGUUUAUAGUACAAUGUGUUAAUUGGAAAAUCAUUAUCACUUUACUUCAUAAAUGGAUAGUUUCUUGUAAGAACAUCCGGUUUUCGACAAAUCGUUAUAAGCUUAUUACAUGAAAUUCUAGGGUCUUAUGGAAUGGGAUAAUCUUAAGUGUUGGUGCAUUGGGUUGAUUUUUACUGGCCAUGGGAUUGAGUUGACUUGGGGAUGAGUUUUACUGGGUUGAGGAGUUGAUCACUUACUGUUGAGUUGAGUUGGGGUUGAGAUAAUGACAUGUCACCGUAUACACCACGGAGCGUUGUACGAAAAUGGUAUACCUUACUUUCUCCACAUUAUUUGUAUAUCACUGUCAUGCAUUCAUGUUAUGGGCCAAUUUACGAUAAUUGAUAUUUCAAAAAAGACAAAAUUCGAAAAUUAAAAUAUUCAUAUAACGAUGGAUUUUUCUUUAAUUGUAGAGGAAACACAUUAUAUCUUAUAAAUUCGUAAGCGGUAUCAUUGGAACUACACUGUAGGUACAACACGAGGGUGAUGACAUUUGACCAAACUGAUGUUUUCAUCAUUUCAGACAGAUCUGGUCUAGAUAUUUUUUAUAUGUAAAUGUCUGUAACAACAUCCUAGACAGUGAACUUGACCGUGAAUGUUUUAGUUCAAACUACACAAACUAUCAAUGUAGUAUAUGGUAUAAUGCUCGGUUACGGUAAGGUACAACACAUAGAAUGAGGUGAUUUUGACAUCCUGAAAUAUUGUAAUUGUAUUAUCAAACGUUCGUUUCUACAACGUUUUUGUGAAGCAAUGAAAUUCCAUUUUCUAUUUAUAAAAUAAAAACCUAAAACUGUACGAGCAAAAUAAAAUGUGUCUAAGCUAGACGAUAGAGUCUUAGUUUUCUAAAGUCUUAGUUUUCGUAAAGAAAUCGAUGCGCAUUCCACCAGAUCUAGAAUUAUCUUUUUAGAUUUUUUUUAGAAUUGGUUCCACUAUUCUGGUCAUUUUAGUUAGUAGGUGAAAUAUGUUACAGAGCAAACCUAGAAUCUAACUAAUAUAGGGAAGAAUAGGGUUUUUUAAACAGGAGACUAAGUUUGGUUUUCGUACGAUUGUACGUCUAAUCUAAAAGAGCUUUUUCGAAAUGAUCAUCAUGAUUUUAAGUUACUGGGGUAAUUUCUUUUUCCAAAUAACACGCACGCACAUUUUGGUCUUAAGUCUUUCUUUAUAUUACUCAAGCCCUUAGCCAGGCUGUGUGUGUGUGGGGGGAUGGGGGCUCGUGCGAUCUUGAACUAUAUUCUUUCUACUUGACCUUCAAGAUUUGACAUUCGGUGACCUUUUCAAGGUCAAAAAGAUCUUUUUAACUUGCUUCAAAGGAGAAGUUAGCGCAACAGAUUCUGGACAGUCAUAUGUUGGAUUUUGGCCAUUUACUGAGGAUUUAAGCGAUUGCGUAUGUUAGGCCAAUGCAUUACCUACAUAUACAGGAAAGUCACUUCUAGAGAUGAUAAAAUAAUUUCGACUUUCAGACAGGGAAGAUGCAAACAACCCACCCACAUGUUUUUCUGAAAUAUUUUCCUAAUUUUCGACCCCUUCCAUCGCUGCUUUUUUAAUUUUUCUUGCAUCAAUAUGUUACGUUUUGACACAUAGUUAUCCACUUUAAAGGAAUAAGUGAUUCCUUCAGGGGUUUUAAAGAUACCCAUUAUGGGUGACCAAACUUAGCUGAAAGCAAUGAUUUUUCCCUAUGGGAUAAUAACAUGGGAAAUAAAUAUUGUUUUCCACUUUAUCUAA